UGGAAAUUGAGAGCAAAGGUGACCACGAUAAAAUCCCCAGAGAGAAGAAGGCACGUAAAAAUUUGGAGUGUGGAGAAAGCUGCAGUCAGAGCUCCCAUUCCACUUCCCAUCAACAAAAUCUCAUUGGAAAGAAACUCUAUCAGUGCAUGGAAUGUGGAAAAAGCUUCAGGAAGAGCUCCGCUCUCACUUCCCAUCAAAGAAUUCAUACAGGGGAGAAACCCUAUCAGUGUGUGGAAUGUGGAAAGAGCUUCAGUCAGUGUGCCCAUCUCACUUCCCAUCAAAGAAUUCAUACAGGGGAGAAACCCUAUCAGUGAGUGGAAUGUGGAAAGAGCUUCACUGAUAGCUCCGAUCUCACUUCCCAUCAAAGAAUUCAUACAGGGGAGAAACCCUAUCAGUGUGUGGAAUGUGGAAAGAGCUUCAGGAGGAGCUCCGAUCUCACUUCCCAUCAAAGAAUUCAUACAGGGGAGAAACCCUAUCAGUGUGUGGAAUGUGGAAAGAGCUUCAGUCAGAGUGCCCAUCUCACUUCCCAUCAAAGAAUUCAUACAGGGGAGAAACCCUAUCAGUGUGUGGAAUGUGGAAAGAGCUUCAGGAGGAGCUCCGAUCUCACUUCCCAUCAAAGAAUUCAUACAGGGGAGAAACCCUAUCAGUGUGUGGAAUGUGGAAAGAGCUUCAGUCAGAGUGCCCAUCUCACUUCCCAUCAAAGAAUUCAUACAGGGGAGAAACCCUAUCAGUGUGUGGAAUGUGGAAAGAGCUUCACAGAUAGUUCUGCUCUCAUUUCCCAUAAAAGAAUUCAUACAGGGGAGAAACCCUAUCAGUGUGUGGAAUGUGGAAAGAGCUUCAGGAAGAGUUCCAAUCUCACUAAGCAUCAGAGAAUUCAUACAGGGGAGAAACCCUAUCAGUGUGUGGAAUGUGGAAAGAACUUCAGGAAGAGCUCCUCCCUUACUUCCCAUCAAAUAAUUCAUACAGGGGAAAAACCCUAUCAGUGCAUAGAAUGUGGAAAGAGCUUCACUGAUAGCUCUAAACUUACUUCCCAUCAAAGAAUUCAUACAGGGGAGAAACCCUAUCAGUGCGUGGAAUGUGGAAAGAGCUUCACUCAGAGCUCCCAUCUCACUUCCCAUCACAGAAUUCAUACAGGGGAGAAACCCUAUCAGUGCGUGGAAUGUGGAAAGAGCUUCACUCACAACCACAGUUUCAUUUCCCAUCAAAGAAUUCAUACAGGGGAGAAACCCUAUCAGUGCGUGGAAUGUGGAAAGAACUUCAGGAAGAGCUCCUCUCUCACUUUCCAUCACAGAAUUCAUACAGGGGAGAAACCCUAUCAGUGCGUGGAAUGUGGAAAGAGCUUCAGUCAGAGUGCCAAUCUCACUUCCCAUCACAGAAUUCAUACAGGGGAGAAACCCUAUCAGUGUGUGGUAUGUGAAAAGAGCUUCAGAAAUAGCUCCUCUCUCACUUCCCAUCACAGAAUUCAUACAGGGGAGAAACCCUAUCAGUGUUGCACGGAAUGUGGAAAAAGCUUCACAGAUAGUUCCUCUCUCAUUUCCCAUCAAAGAAUUCAUACAGGGGAGAAACCCUAUCAGUGUGUGGAAUGUGGAAAGAGCUUCAGGAAAAGCUCUGCUCUCACUUCCCAUCAAAGAAUUCAUACAGGGGAGAAACCCUAUCAGUGUGUGGAAUGUGGAAAGAGCUUCAGGAAGAGCUCCCAUCUCACUUCCCAUCAAAGAAUUCAUACAGGGGAGAAACCCUAUCAGUGUGUGGAAUGUGGAAAGAGCUUCACAGCUAGUUCCUCUCUCAUUUCCCAUCAAAGAAUUCAUACAGGGGAGAAACCCUAUCAGUGUGUGGAAUGUGGAAAGAGCUUCAGGAAGAGCUCCGCUCUCACUUCCCAUCAAAGAAUUCAUACAGGGGAGAAACCCUAUCAGUGUGUGGAAUGUGGAAAGAGCUUCAGGAAGAGCUCCUCUCUCAUUUCCCAUCAAAGAAUUCAUACAGGGGAGAAACCCUAUCAGUGUGUGGAAUGUGGAAAGAGCUUCAGUCAGAGCUCCUCUCUCACUUUCCAUCAAAGAAUUCAUACAGGGGAGAAACCCUAUCAGUGUGUGGAAUGUGGAAAGAGCUUCAGGAAGAGCUCCGCUCUCACUUCCCAUCAAAGAAUUCAUACAGGGGAGAAACCCUAUCAGUGUGUGGAAUGUGGAAAGAGCUUCAGUCAGAGCUCCUCUCUCACUUUCCAUCAAAGAAUUCAUACAGGGGAGAAACCCUAUCAGUGUGUGGAAUGUGGAAAGAACUUCAGGAAGAGUUCCAAUCUCACUAAGCAUCAGAGAAUUCAUACAGGGGAGAAACCCUAUCAGUGCAUGGAAUGUGGAAAGAGCUUCAGGAAGAGCUCCUCUCUUACUUCCCAUCAAAGAAUUCAUACAGGGGAGAAACCCUAUCGGUGUGUGGUAUGUGGAAAGAGCUUCACUCACAACCACAGUCUCACUUUCCACCAAACAAUUCAUACAGGGGAGAAACCCUAUCAGUGCAUGGAAUGUGGAAAGAACUUCAGGAAGAGCUCCUCCCUUACUUCCCAUCAAAGAAUUCAUACAGGGGAAAAACCCUAUCAGUGUGUAGAAUGUGGAAAGAGCUUCACAUGUAGCUCCUCUCUCACUUCCCAUCAGAGAAUUCAUACAGGGGAGAAACCCUAUCAGUGUGUGGAAUGUGGAAAGAGCUUCACAUGUAGCUCCUCUCUCACUUCCCAUCACAGAAUUCAUACAGGGGAGAAACCCUAUCAGUGUGUGGAAUGUGGAAAGAGCUUCAGGAAGAGCUCCCAUCUCACUUCCCAUCAAAGAAUUCAUACAGGGGAGAAACCCUAUCAGUGUGUGGAAUGUGGAAAGAGCUUCAGGAAGAGCUCCUCUCUCACUUCCCAUCAAAGAAUUCAUACAGGGGAAAAACCCUAUCAGUGUGUGGAAUGUGGAAAGAGCUUCACAGAUAACACUUACCAUGAAAGAAUUCAUACAGGGGAGAAACCCUAUCAGUGUGCAGAAUGUGGAAAAAGCUUCAUUAGAAACUCCGAUCUCACUUCCCAUCACAGAAUUCAUACAGGGGAGAAACCCUAUCAGUGUGUGGAAUGUGGAAAAAGCUUCAUUAGAAACUCCGAUCUCACUUCCCAUCAAAGAAUUCAUACAGGGGAGAAACCCUAUCAGUGUGUGGAAUGUGGAAAGAGCUUCAGUCAGAGUGCCCAUCUCACUUCCCAUCAAAGAAUUCAUACAGGGGAGAAACCCUAUCAGUGUGUGGAAUGUGGAAAGAGCUUCACAGCUAGUUCCUCUCUCAUUUCCCAUAAAAGAAUUCAUACAGGGGAGAAACCCUAUCAGUGUGUGGAAUGUGGUAAGAGCUUCAGGAAGAGCUCCUCUCUCACUUCCCAUCAAAGAAUUCAUACAGGGGAAAAACCCUAUCAGUGUGUGGAAUGUGGAAAGAGCUUCACAUGUAGCUCCUCUCUCACUUCCCAUCAGAGAAUUCAUACAGGGGAGAAACCCUAUCAGUGUGUGGAAUGUGGAAAAAGCUUCAUUAGAAACUCCGAUCUCACUUCCCAUCACAGAAUUCAUACAGGUGAGAAACCCUAUCAGUGUGUGGAAUGUGGAAAAAGCUUCACAGAUAGUUCCUCUCUCAUUUCCCAUCAAAGAAUUCAUACAGGGGAGAAACCCUAUCAGUGUGUGGAAUGUGGAAAGAGCUUCAGGAAAAGCUCUGCUCUCACUUCCCAUCAAAGAAUUCAUACAGGGGAGAAACCCUAUCAGUGUGUGGAAUGUGGAAAGAGCUUCAGGAAGAGCUCCCAUCUCACUUCCCAUCAAAGAAUUCAUACAGGGGAGAAACCCUAUCAGUGUGUGGAAUGUGGAAAGAGCUUCAGGAAGAGCUCCUCUCUCAUUUCCCAUCAAAGAAUUCAUACAGGGGAGAAACCCUAUCAGUGUGUGGAAUGUGGAAAGAGCUUCAGUCAGAGCUCCUCUCUCACUUUCCAUCAAAGAAUUCAUACAGGGGAGAAACCCUAUCAGUGUGUGGAAUGUGGAAAGAGCUUCACAUGUAGCUCCUCUCUCACUUCCCAUCAGAGAAUUCAUACAGGGGAGAAACCCUAUCAGUGUGUGGAAUGUGGAAAGAGCUUCACAUGUAGCUCCUCUCUCACUUCCCAUCACAGAAUUCAUACAGGGGAGAAACCCUAUCAGUGUGUGGAAUGUGGAAAGAGCUUCAGGAAGAGCUCCCAUCUCACUUCCCAUCAAAGAAUUCAUACAGGGGAGAAACCCUAUCAGUGUGUGGAAUGUGGAAAGAGCUUCAGGAAGAGCUCCUCUCUCACUUCCCAUCAAAGAAUUCAUACAGGGGAAAAACCCUAUCAGUGUGUGGAAUGUGGAAAGAGCUUCACAGAUAACACUUACCAUGAAAGAAUUCAUACAGGGGAGAAACCCUAUCAGUGUGCAGAAUGUGGAAAAAGCUUCAUUAGAAACUCCGAUCUCACUUCCCAUCACAGAAUUCAUACAGGGGAGAAACCCUAUCAGUGUGUGGAAUGUGGAAAAAGCUUCAUUAGAAACUCCGAUCUCACUUCCCAUCAAAGAAUUCAUACAGGGGAGAAACCCUAUCAGUGUGUGGAAUGUGGAAAAAGCUUCAUUAGAAACUCCGAUCUCACUUCCCAUCAAAGAAUUCAUACAGGGGAGAAACCCUAUCAGUGUGUGGAAUGUGGAAAGAGCUUCAGUCAGAGUGCCCAUCUCACUUCCCAUCAAAGAAUUCAUACAGGGGAGAAACCCUAUCAGUGUGUGGAAUGUGGAAAGAGCUUCACAGCUAGUUCCUCUCUCAUUUCCCAUAAAAGAAUUCAUACAGGGGAGAAACCCUAUCAGUGUGUGGAAUGUGGUAAGAGCUUCAGGAAGAGCUCCUCUCUCACUUCCCAUCAAAGAAUUCAUACAGGGGAAAAACCCUAUCAGUGUGUGGAAUGUGGAAAGAGCUUCACAGAUAACUCCUCUCUCACUUACCAUGAAAGAAUUCAUACAGGGGAGAAACCCUAUCAGUGUGCAGAAUGUGGAAAAAGCUUCAUUAGAAACUCCGAUCUCACUUCCCAUCACAGAAUUCAUACAGGUGAGAAACCCUAUCAGUGUGUGGAAUGUGGAAAAAGCUUCACAGAUAGUUCCUCUCUCAUUUCCCAUCAAAGAAUUCAUACAGGGGAGAAACCCUAUCAGUGUGUGGAAUGUGGAAAGAGCUUCAGGAAAAGCUCUGCUCUCACUUCCCAUCAAAGAAUUCAUACAGGGGAGAAACCCUAUCAGUGUGUGGAAUGUGGAAAGAGCUUCAGGAAGAGCUCCCAUCUCACUUCCCAUCAAAGAAUUCAUACAGGGGAGAAACCCUAUCAGUGUGUGGAAUGUGGAAAGAGCUUCAGGAAGAGCUCCUCUCUCAUUUCCCAUCAAAGAAUUCAUACAGGGGAGAAACCCUAUCAGUGUGUGGAAUGUGGAAAGAGCUUCAGUCAGAGCUCCUCUCUCACUUUCCAUCAAAGAAUUCAUACAGGGGAGAAACCCUAUCAGUGUGUGGAAUGUGGAAAGAGCUUCAGGAAGAGCUCCGCUCUCACUUCCCAUCAAAGAAUUCAUACAAGGGAGAAACCCUAUCAGUGUGUGGAAUGUGGAAAGAGCUUCAGGAAGAGCUCCUCUCUCAUUUCCCAUCAAAGAAUUCAUACAGGGGAGAAACCCUAUCAGUGUGUGGAAUGUGGAAAGAGCUUCAGUCAGAGCUCCUCUCUCACUUUCCAUCAAAGAAUUCAUACAGGGGAGAAACCCUAUCAGUGUGUGGAAUGUGGAAAGAACUUCAGGAAGAGUUCCAAUCUCACUAAGCAUCAGAGAAUUCAUACAGGGGAGAAACCCUAUCAGUGCAUGGAAUGUGGAAAGAGCUUCAGGAAGAGCUCCUCUCUUACUUCCCAUCAAAGAAUUCAUACAGGGGAGAAACCCUAUCGGUGUGUGGUAUGUGGAAAGAGCUUCACUCACAACCACAGUCUCACUUUCCACCAAACAAUUCAUACAGGGGAGAAACCCUAUCAGUGCAUGGAAUGUGGAAAGAACUUCAGGAAGAGCUCCUCCCUUACUUCCCAUCAAAGAAUUCAUACAGGGGAAAAACCCUAUCAGUGUGUAGAAUGUGGAAAGAGCUUCACAUGUAGCUCCUCUCUCACUUCCCAUCAGAGAAUUCAUACAGGGGAGAAACCCUAUCAGUGUGUGGAAUGUGGAAAGAGCUUCACAUGUAGCUCCUCUCUCACUUCCCAUCACAGAAUUCAUACAGGGGAGAAACCCUAUCAGUGUGUGGAAUGUGGAAAGAGCUUCAGGAAGAGCUCCCAUCUCACUUCCCAUCAAAGAAUUCAUACAGGGGAGAAACCCUAUCAGUGUGUGGAAUGUGGAAAGAGCUUCAGGAAGAGCUCCUCUCUCACUUCCCAUCAAAGAAUUCAUACAGGGGAAAAACCCUAUCAGUGUGUGGAAUGUGGAAAGAGCUUCACAGAUAACACUUACCAUGAAAGAAUUCAUACAGGGGAGAAACCCUAUCAGUGUGCAGAAUGUGGAAAAAGCUUCAUUAGAAACUCCGAUCUCACUUCCCAUCACAGAAUUCAUACAGGGGAGAAACCCUAUCAGUGUGUGGAAUGUGGAAAAAGCUUCAUUAGAAACUCCGAUCUCACUUCCCAUCAAAGAAUUCAUACAGGGGAGAAACCCUAUCAGUGUGUGGAAUGUGGAAAGAGCUUCAGUCAGAGUGCCCAUCUCACUUCCCAUCAAAGAAUUCAUACAGGGGAGAAACCCUAUCAGUGUGUGGAAUGUGGAAAGAGCUUCACAGCUAGUUCCUCUCUCAUUUCCCAUAAAAGAAUUCAUACAGGGGAGAAACCCUAUCAGUGUGUGGAAUGUGGUAAGAGCUUCAGGAAGAGCUCCUCUCUCACUUCCCAUCAAAGAAUUCAUACAGGGGAAAAACCCUAUCAGUGUGUGGAAUGUGGAAAGAGCUUCACAUGUAGCUCCUCUCUCACUUCCCAUCAGAGAAUUCAUACAGGGGAGAAACCCUAUCAGUGUGUGGAAUGUGGAAAAAGCUUCAUUAGAAACUCCGAUCUCACUUCCCAUCACAGAAUUCAUACAGGUGAGAAACCCUAUCAGUGUGUGGAAUGUGGAAAAAGCUUCACAGAUAGUUCCUCUCUCAUUUCCCAUCAAAGAAUUCAUACAGGGGAGAAACCCUAUCAGUGUGUGGAAUGUGGAAAGAGCUUCAGGAAAAGCUCUGCUCUCACUUCCCAUCAAAGAAUUCAUACAGGGGAGAAACCCUAUCAGUGUGUGGAAUGUGGAAAGAGCUUCAGGAAGAGCUCCUCUCUCAUUUCCCAUCAAAGAAUUCAUACAGGGGAGAAACCCUAUCAGUGUGUGGAAUGUGGAAAGAGCUUCAGUCAGAGCUCCUCUCUCACUUUCCAUCAAAGAAUUCAUACAGGGGAGAAACCCUAUCAGUGUGUGGAAUGUGGAAAGAGCUUCACAUGUAGCUCCUCUCUCACUUCCCAUCAGAGAAUUCAUACAGGGGAGAAACCCUAUCAGUGUGUGGAAUGUGGAAAGAGCUUCACAUGUAGCUCCUCUCUCACUUCCCAUCACAGAAUUCAUACAGGGGAGAAACCCUAUCAGUGUGUGGAAUGUGGAAAGAGCUUCAGGAAGAGCUCCCAUCUCACUUCCCAUCAAAGAAUUCAUACAGGGGAGAAACCCUAUCAGUGUGUGGAAUGUGGAAAGAGCUUCAGGAAGAGCUCCUCUCUCACUUCCCAUCAAAGAAUUCAUACAGGGGAAAAACCCUAUCAGUGUGUGGAAUGUGGAAAGAGCUUCACAGAUAACACUUACCAUGAAAGAAUUCAUACAGGGGAGAAACCCUAUCAGUGUGCAGAAUGUGGAAAAAGCUUCAUUAGAAACUCCGAUCUCACUUCCCAUCACAGAAUUCAUACAGGGGAGAAACCCUAUCAGUGUGUGGAAUGUGGAAAAAGCUUCAUUAGAAACUCCGAUCUCACUUCCCAUCAAAGAAUUCAUACAGGGGAGAAACCCUAUCAGUGUGUGGAAUGUGGAAAAAGCUUCAUUAGAAACUCCGAUCUCACUUCCCAUCAAAGAAUUCAUACAGGGGAGAAACCCUAUCAGUGUGUGGAAUGUGGAAAGAGCUUCAGUCAGAGUGCCCAUCUCACUUCCCAUCAAAGAAUUCAUACAGGGGAGAAACCCUAUCAGUGUGUGGAAUGUGGAAAGAGCUUCACAGCUAGUUCCUCUCUCAUUUCCCAUAAAAGAAUUCAUACAGGGGAGAAACCCUAUCAGUGUGUGGAAUGUGGUAAGAGCUUCAGGAAGAGCUCCUCUCUCACUUCCCAUCAAAGAAUUCAUACAGGGGAAAAACCCUAUCAGUGUGUGGAAUGUGGAAAGAGCUUCACAGAUAACUCCUCUCUCACUUACCAUGAAAGAAUUCAUACAGGGGAGAAACCCUAUCAGUGUGCAGAAUGUGGAAAAAGCUUCAUUAGAAACUCCGAUCUCACUUCCCAUCACAGAAUUCAUACAGGUGAGAAACCCUAUCAGUGUGUGGAAUGUGGAAAAAGCUUCACAGAUAGUUCCUCUCUCAUUUCCCAUCAAAGAAUUCAUACAGGGGAGAAACCCUAUCAGUGUGUGGAAUGUGGAAAGAGCUUCAGGAAAAGCUCUGCUCUCACUUCCCAUCAAAGAAUUCAUACAGGGGAGAAACCCUAUCAGUGUGUGGAAUGUGGAAAGAGCUUCAGGAAGAGCUCCCAUCUCACUUCCCAUCAAAGAAUUCAUACAGGGGAGAAACCCUAUCAGUGUGUGGAAUGUGGAAAGAGCUUCAGGAAGAGCUCCUCUCUCAUUUCCCAUCAAAGAAUUCAUACAGGGGAGAAACCCUAUCAGUGUGUGGAAUGUGGAAAGAGCUUCAGUCAGAGCUCCUCUCUCACUUUCCAUCAAAGAAUUCAUACAGGGGAGAAACCCUAUCAGUGUGUGGAAUGUGGAAAGAGCUUCAGGAAGAGCUCCGCUCUCACUUCCCAUCAAAGAAUUCAUACAAGGGAGAAACCCUAUCAGUGUGUGGAAUGUGGAAAGAGCUUCAGGAAGAGCUCCUCUCUCAUUUCCCAUCAAAGAAUUCAUACAGGGGAGAAACCCUAUCAGUGUGUGGAAUGUGGAAAGAGCUUCAGUCAGAGCUCCUCUCUCACUUUCCAUCAAAGAAUUCAUACAGGGGAGAAACCCUAUCAGUGUGUGGAAUGUGGAAAGAACUUCAGGAAGAGUUCCAAUCUCACUAAGCAUCAGAGAAUUCAUACAGGGGAGAAACCCUAUCAGUGCAUGGAAUGUGGAAAGAGCUUCAGGAAGAGCUCCUCUCUUACUUCCCAUCAAAGAAUUCAUACAGGGGAGAAACCCUAUCGGUGUGUGGUAUGUGGAAAGAGCUUCACUCACAACCACAGUCUCACUUUCCACCAAACAAUUCAUACAGGGGAGAAACCCUAUCAGUGCAUGGAAUGUGGAAAGAACUUCAGGAAGAGCUCCUCCCUUACUUCCCAUCAAAGAAUUCAUACAGGGGAGAAACCCUAUCGGUGUGUGGUAUGUGGAAAGAGCUUCACUCACAACCACAGUCUCACUUUCCACCAAACAAUUCAUACAGGGGAGAAACCCUAUCAGUGUGUGGAAUGUGGAAAGAGCUUCACAUGUAGCUCCUCUCUCACUUCCCAUCAGAGAAUUCAUACAGGGGAGAAACCCUAUCAGUGUGUGGAAUGUGGAAAGAGCUUCACAUGUAGCUCCUCUCUCACUUCCCAUCACAGAAUUCAUACAGGGGAGAAACCCUAUCAGUGUGUGGAAUGUGGAAAGAGCUUCAGGAAGAGCUCCCAUCUCACUUCCCAUCAAAGAAUUCAUACAGGGGAGAAACCCUAUCAGUGUGUGGAAUGUGGAAAGAGCUUCAGGAAGAGCUCCUCUCUCACUUCCCAUCAAAGAAUUCAUACAGGGGAAAAACCCUAUCAGUGUGUGGAAUGUGGAAAGAGCUUCACAGAUAACUCCUCUCUCACUUACCAUGAAAGAAUUCAUACAGGGGAGAAACCCUAUCAGUGUGUGGAAUGUGGAAAAAGCUUCAUUAGAAACUCCGAUCUCACUUCCCAUCACAGAAUUCAUACAGGGGAGAAACCCUAUCAGUGUGUGGAAUGUGGAAAAAGCUUCAUUAGAAACUCCGAUCUCACUUCCCAUCAAAGAAUUCAUACAGGGGAGAAACCCUAUCAGUGUGUGGAAUGUGGAAAAAGCUUCAUUAGAAACUCCGAUCUCACUUCCCAUCAAAGAAUUCAUACAGGGGAGAAACCCUAUCAGUGUGUGGAAUGUGGAAAAAGCUUCAUUAGAAACUCCGAUCUCACUUCCCAUCAAAGAAUUCAUACAGGGGAGAAACCCUAUCAGUGUGUGGAAUGUGGAAAGAGCUUCAGUCAGAGUGCCCAUCUCACUUCCCAUCAAAGAAUUCAUACAGGGGAGAAACCCUAUCAGUGUGGGGAAUGUGGAAAGAGCUUCACAGCUAGUUCCUCUCUCACUUUCCAUCAAAGAAUUCAUACAGGGGAGGAACCCUAUCAGUGUGGGGAAUGUGGAAAAAGCUUCACAGAUAGUUCCUCUCUCAUUUCCCAUCAAAGAAUUCAUACAGGGGAGAAACCCUAUCAGUGUGUGGAAUGUGGAAAGAGCUUCAGGAAAAGCUCUGCUCUCACUUCCCAUCAAAGAAUUCAUACAGGGGAGAAACCCUAUCAGUGUGUGGAAUGUGGAAAGAGCUUCAGGAAGAGCUCCCAUCUCACUUCCCAUCAAAGAAUUCAUACAGGGGAGAAACCCUAUCAGUGUGUGGAAUGUGGAAAGAGCUUCAGGAAGAGCUCCUCUCUCAUUUCCCAUCAAAGAAUUCAUACAGGGGAGAAACCCUAUCAGUGUGUGGAAUGUGGAAAGAGCUUCAGUCAGAGCUCCUCUCUCACUUUCCAUCAAAGAAUUCAUACAGGGGAGAAACCCUAUCAGUGUGUGGAAUGUGGAAAGAGCUUCAGGAAGAGCUCCGCUCUCACUUCCCAUCAAAGAAUUCAUACAAGGGAGAAACCCUAUCAGUGUGUGGAAUGUGGAAAGAGCUUCAGGAAGAGCUCCUCUCUCAUUUCCCAUCAAAGAAUUCAUACAGGGGAGAAACCCUAUCAGUGUGUGGAAUGUGGAAAGAGCUUCAGUCAGAGCUCCUCUCUCACUUUCCAUCAAAGAAUUCAUACAGGGGAGAAACCCUAUCAGUGUGUGGAAUGUGGAAAGAACUUCAGGAAGAGUUCCAAUCUCACUAAGCAUCAGAGAAUUCAUACAGGGGAGAAACCCUAUCAGUGCAUGGAAUGUGGAAAGAGCUUCAGGAAGAGCUCCUCUCUUACUUCCCAUCAAAGAAUUCAUACAGGGGAGAAACCCUAUCGGUGUGUGGUAUGUGGAAAGAGCUUCACUCACAACCACAGUCUCACUUUCCACCAAACAAUUCAUACAGGGGAGAAACCCUAUCAGUGCAUGGAAUGUGGAAAGAACUUCAGGAAGAGCUCCUCCCUUACUUCCCAUCAAAGAAUUCAUACAGGGGAGAAACCCUAUCGGUGUGUGGUAUGUGGAAAGAGCUUCACUCACAACCACAGUCUCACUUUCCACCAAACAAUUCAUACAGGGGAGAAACCCUAUCAGUGUGUGGAAUGUGGAAAGAGCUUCACAUGUAGCUCCUCUCUCACUUCCCAUCAGAGAAUUCAUACAGGGGAGAAACCCUAUCAGUGUGUGGAAUGUGGAAAGAGCUUCACAUGUAGCUCCUCUCUCACUUCCCAUCACAGAAUUCAUACAGGGGAGAAACCCUAUCAGUGUGUGGAAUGUGGAAAGAGCUUCAGGAAGAGCUCCCAUCUCACUUCCCAUCAAAGAAUUCAUACAGGGGAGAAACCCUAUCAGUGUGUGGAAUGUGGAAAGAGCUUCAGGAAGAGCUCCUCUCUCACUUCCCAUCAAAGAAUUCAUACAGGGGAAAAACCCUAUCAGUGUGUGGAAUGUGGAAAGAGCUUCACAGAUAACUCCUCUCUCACUUACCAUGAAAGAAUUCAUACAGGGGAGAAACCCUAUCAGUGUGUGGAAUGUGGAAAAAGCUUCAUUAGAAACUCCGAUCUCACUUCCCAUCACAGAAUUCAUACAGGGGAGAAACCCUAUCAGUGUGUGGAAUGUGGAAAAAGCUUCAUUAGAAACUCCGAUCUCACUUCCCAUCAAAGAAUUCAUACAGGGGAGAAACCCUAUCAGUGUGUGGAAUGUGGAAAAAGCUUCAUUAGAAACUCCGAUCUCACUUCCCAUCAAAGAAUUCAUACAGGGGAGAAACCCUAUCAGUGUGUGGAAUGUGGAAAAAGCUUCAUUAGAAACUCCGAUCUCACUUCCCAUCAAAGAAUUCAUACAGGGGAGAAACCCUAUCAGUGUGUGGAAUGUGGAAAGAGCUUCAGUCAGAGUGCCCAUCUCACUUCCCAUCAAAGAAUUCAUACAGGGGAGAAACCCUAUCAGUGUGGGGAAUGUGGAAAGAGCUUCACAGCUAGUUCCUCUCUCACUUUCCAUCAAAGAAUUCAUACAGGGGAGGAACCCUAUCAGUGUGGGGAAUGUGGAAAGAGCUUCACAGCUAGUUCCUCUCUCAUUUCCCAUAAAAGAAUUCAUACAGGGGAGGAACCCUAUCAGUGUGGGGAAUGUGGAAAGAGCUUCACAGCUAGUUCCUCUCUCAUUUCCCAUAAAAGAAUUCAUACAGGGGAGGAACCCUAUCAGUGUGGGGAAUGUGGAAAGAGCUUCACAGCUAGUUCCUCUCUCAUUUCCCAUAAAAGAAUUCAUACAGGGGAGGAACCCUAUCAGUGUGGGGAAUGUGGAAAGAGCUUCACAGCUAGUUCCUCUCUCACUUUCCAUCAAAGAAUUCAUACAGGGGAGAAACCCUAUCAGUGUGUCGAAUGUGGAAAGAGCUUCACUGAAAGCUCCUCUCUCACUUACCAUCAAAGAAUUCAUACAGGGGAGAAACCCUAUCAGUGUGGGGAAUGUGGAAAGAGCUUCACAGCUAGUUCCUCCCUUACUUCCCAUCAAAGAAUUCAUACAGGGGAGAAACCCUAUCAGUGCAUGGAAUGUGGAAAGAGCUUCAGAAAUAGCUCCUCUCUCACUUACCAUCAAAGAAUUCAUACAGGGGAGAAACCCUAUCAGUGUGUCAAAUGUGGAAAGAGCUUCACUGAAAGCUCCUCUCUCACUUACCAUCAAAGAAUUCAUACAGGGGAGAAACCCUAUCAGUGUGGGGAAUGUGGAAAGAGCUUCACAGCUAGUUCCUCCCUUACUUCCCAUCAAAGAAUUCAUACAGGGGAGAAACCCUAUCAGUGCGUGGAAUGUGGAAAGAGCUUCAGAAAUAGCUCCUCUCUCACUUCCCAUCACACAAUUCAUACAGGGGAGAAACCCUAUCAGUGUGUGGAAUGUGGAAAGAGCUUCAGGAAGAGCUCCCAUCUCACUUCCCAUCAAAGAAUUCAUACAGGGGAGAAACCCUAUCAGUGUGUGGAAUGUGGAAAGAGCUUCAGUCAGAGUGCCAAUCUCACUUCCCAUCAAAGAAUUCAUACAGGGGAGAAACCCUAUCAGUGUGUGGAAUGUGGAAAGAGCUUCAGUCAGAGUGCCAAUCUUACUUCCCAUCAAAGAAUCCAUACAAUGGUCGGAAAAACCAUUAUACAGCUUUAGGAACCAGGCAGACGCACCUUUUUAACCAGGCUUUUGGCUGAUUGACAUCUAAUGCCCUUUAAAUAUGUGGUGGUUUUUUUUGUUUCUUUUUUUUAUGUUGUAACCAUCCUGAGACCUGUGGGUGUAGGGAAUAGGUGCCAACUCUUAAACGACUAGGGGUCUUUGCCCCACCCCCAAUAAAAUAUUUAAGGAUGCCACCCCCCAGUUUUUGGUGUGCUUUUUUCAAACACAGCCUUUUAUUCUUCUGCAGCUUCCCAUACAAUUUCUCUUUCAAUUUGCCCUCUUAAAAAAUAAAAAAAAUAAACGCAGAAAGGUCAUGAGGAAAACAAAAUACAAGAAGAUACAAACAUGGACAGGUCCCAUCUUUGUGGGCAAAAUAGAAAAGUUGCUUUGAAGGAGGCUUUCCCAAACUUGGGUCCCCAGCAGCUCCCAGACUACAGUUCCCAUCAUCCCUCCCCAUUGG